AUGUCCGGCACCCAGAACACCAAUCCCGGCAAUUUCGCCAACCGUCCCAAGGAAGAGGUGCGCGACAUCGCCUCCAAGGGCGGCCAAGCUAGCCACUCGGGCGGUUUCGCCAGCAUGGACCCCGACAAGCAGCGCGAUAUUGCUUCUCAGGGCUGGUCUGGCUUCGUCUGGCAGCUUUGA